AUGAGCCAGCCGUCCUCGACCGUGCCGGUAUGGAAGAUGACGAAGGUGCAGCUGUUGGCCGAGGCGAACGCCCGAGGGCUGGCAGUGAAUCCCCGCUGGACGUGCCCAGAACUGAGGACGGUGCUCAACGCGGACGCCGAGUACCACCGGACUCCGGGGAACCCAGUGCCCAAGGGGCUGAGCUCGAUGACGCUGGCGGAGCUGAAGAGCGAGGCGGAGAAGCUCGGCAUCCCCACCUCGACCAAGGAGACGCGGGGCAGCCUGAUGCUGAAGGUGAGGGACGCGGUGACGCCCGACACGACCGUGAUGGCGAUCGGGCGAUUUCGCGGAAGCAGCUACGCGGACAUCCCGGAGAACUACGCGCAGUGGGCCUCGGACGAGGAGAAGGCGAACGGGGACAACAUGUCGCCAGAUCUGAAACGAUUCGUUCUGUGGAGGCGACAUCGGCGAACCAUGGAGCCAAAGACACCGGUGGUGAAGCGCGGCUACAAGGACCCCGAGAAGGAUGCGAAGGUGCCACCCCCUCCCCUCAGCGAGACCGGCUCCUCUGCGUGGGCCGUGGUCGAGGACUCGGAGGGCCCUUUGACCGGAUGGCGACCGAUCGCGCCUUCGGUGAGUUCGGACACAUCGUGGAAUCCAAAGGGAAAGGCCACGCGACCGAGGACCCCCGAGUCGAAGGGGCCCAUGGACCAGGACAUCGACCCGGACACGAUCUCGGAGAUCCAAGCGCUCGAGGCGAGGUUGGCGGUGCUCAAGGACAAGUGUGGAGAGGUGCACCUUUCUUCGCGGGCCCUCGCGAGGAUCGGAGAGGACCUGACCGGGACACGACAGCACCACGAACACCCCGGUGAACUUGCCGCCCUGCGUGCUUUACAAGAACGGGACUUCUCUUUCGACCGCAUCGCCGAGAUCCUGACACACUACGACUUCUCUGCUUGCCCUACCAACCGAGCUGCUGUUCACCAGGAUGGUGGGGGAGAGCGCGUGGCCCUAGGAUAUUACGCCUACGGCAACUUCAAGGGGGUUUGCAAGAACACAGUGCGUUGGAGCCACCUCACCCAGUAUGUCAAUGCGUUCCUCCUGGACCACGCCGGGGGCAACCUGGAACAAGGCCGGGCAACCUACUGGGGUGCAGUGACUCUGUUGCGCAACUGUCCCGCUGCCAUGCACACCGACAAGAACAACCUCAAGGGGAGCCCCAACUACGUUGUGAGCUUCGGCGGCGGGAAUGGUGGUGGCCUCUGGGUUGAAUCACCCGGGGGCGGAUGCUGGCGAAGAGAUUCCCGAGGUCAAGACGUCGAGGGCACCAUCAUCGACACCGACCGCCAGGUAUGGGAGUUCGAUCCACGCCUGAGGCACGCGUCCGAGCCUGGUUCAGGGUCCCGAUGGACGAUUGCCGCCUACACGCCGAGGACUUUGCCCGACGCCAACAAGACAGAGAAAAAGGUUCUUCGCCACUUCGGCUUCCCUUUGCCUUCGGUGGCCCAGAUCCGCAAUACCCGGAUCGAGCGCGAUGUACACGAGGUCAAGAGCGGCUACAGCAACAGCGCUACGGGCCCCGGGAAGGUCCCGAUGCCCAGGCGAAGCCAAAGGAAAGCUAUGUGGAAGACCGCUGCCUUCCUGAGCGUGAUGUACACUACGAUGCUCUCGUCUAUGGGGAGAGUGGUGGACGAGUCUGUGCCGGUGCGACACCAGCCCGAGGUUGCCCUGUUGGAGAUCGGGGGCUUCACGUCCACUUGCCGGACGGCCGAGUACUGUGGCGACUCAGUGAAGGUGAUGGAACCCGUGCUCACCGAGGACGUUCUCUACAACGACCACCCCGCGGACUUACCGUUUGGCUUCGUCGAAACCACGGUGAUACGGCAUUGUCCAGGGCAACUCUGGAUACACGUUCGUCCAGAAUGGAAGGACCCCGAGAUCUACUUCGACAUCGUGGAAGCCGCCGGACGACAACUUCGAGAAGGAAGGACAGUGGUGCUCGAGCGCAACGUCGAGGAGGACGACCUCUGGGAGAAGGUGACCACUGGAUGGGCGGAGGCAGGGUACUUUACCCACGGGGACCGCGACGAGGAUGGGAACGAGCUCCUCCGCGUCACCUACGGCACCGAGGACGUGGAACUCCACGAAGUGUUCGUGGGAGAAGCAGCAGAUGGACCAAUCCCCGCACAUGGAGAACCUGCUGACGGAGAACCUGGUGAAGGCGAUGAAGCCCUCGCCGAACGUGGGGCAAAGGCAAUCCGGUUUCCCCCGAGCGUACCGGGAAGGAUUGCAAGCAGCCUCCGCAGGCUGCAUCAGAAUCUCGGCCAUCCCAGCACCAUCGACUUCAGUCGUCACCUGAGACUGGCAGGAGCUUCUCGAGAAGUGCUCAAGGCGGCGAAAGCUUUGGAGUGCGAAGUUUGCAAGAGAGCGAAGGCCCCUGCCGUCGCCAAACCCGCUAAGGUGGCCCCUUGUCUACGCUUCAACCAGAUCAUCGGCGUCGACCUCUUCUAUGUCCACGACACCAAUGGAGAUCGACACCAGCUUUUGUCUAUGGUGGACUUCUCUUCUUCUUACCACGUCGUCGUGCCCGUGGCCCGCAAGGAUACCCUCACCUUGGAGAAGGCCUACUGUGAGCACUGGCUCAACACUUUCGGUGCUCCGGCAAUGAUUGCCGUGGAUCUAGAGAACGGCCUUGAGAAGUCUCUGGCGAGAGUCGGAGAUUGGACCGGGACCCGCAUCCGCAAUGCCGCGGGUCAGGCUCACUAUCAAGCCGGCUACACCGAACGACAGGGCGGGAUCUGGAAGGCGAUUUUCGCGAAGCUAUGUGACGAGCUUUCUGUGACCAAGGCCGAGAUCACUUUAGCCAUUGGGGCGGUGUCCAAUGCCAAGAACAAGCUUGCUCGGAUCAGCGGCUAUAGUCCAGCCCAACACGUCUUCGGCUACCUUCCCAACGACCCCGACGACUUGCUCAACGGCCCGCACGCCGGCGACCCGACCGAGGAGGACAUCAUUGACGACCGCCACGCUCAGGAGGUUGCCAUGAGAAGCGCGGCUAGGGCCGCGUACUACCACGUCCAGUCUGAUGAGCGAGUUCGCAGGGCCCUGUCCGGAAGGACCCGAGUUAUCUCCCGAGCCCCCGAGUGUGGAGAAAGGGUCUUCUACUUCCGGAAGACAAAGAACAACAAGCGCGGGAUAUGGAUGGGACCCGGAACAGUCAUAGGCUUUGAAGGGGUGAACGCCUGGGUCACUCGAGGAGGACGUUGCGUGCUGUGCUCGCCGGAGCACUUGAGGCUGGCUACACCCGAGGAAUUGGGACAAGCUUUCAGCUUGCGGGCAGCCCGUGAAGACUUGGAUCGCCUACUCAACGCCGAGGACGACGAGGAGAUCUUCGAGGACGAGAAUGCCGAGGCCGGAGGGAUUGGUGAUGUUGACUUCGAUGCCGAGGACGACCCCGACGGAGACGUUGCCAUGGCCGAGAUGGACCACGGAGAGCCACCUGAGGACCGACGAGGAGUUCGACGAGGUCCGCAAGAGGCACCACCGCUGGUGCUCAAGAGACAGCGUCGCAAAGGACAUCAAGAUGCCCAAGCUGUGCUCAUGAUGAAGCNNCGGUCUCGGGAAAAGGCCCUUGAGAAGGAGAUCCCCUGGUCUCUCAUUCCCGAGGAGAUGAGGCCGAGUUUCCGCGCUGCAGAGGCCAAACAAUGGGCCGAGCACGUCGACAACAAGGCCAUCACAGUGCUGUCGGUCGCCGAGAGCGAGCGCAUCCGAGAGACGACGCCGCCCGAGCGCAUUUUGUCCUCGCGCUACGCCUACAAAGAUAAACAUAUGGGGCUCAGGCGAGUCAACCCAAGCACGCCUUGGAAACCGAAGGCUCGGUUGGUGGUGGCAGGACAUGCCGACCCAGACGUGGCCAGUGGAGAGCUCACGACGGACUCCCCUACGGUUGCCCGAUCCUCACUUCUUACCGCCCUGCAGAUUUGUGCUUCCAAGGGAUGGCAGGUGGCAGCCGGCGACGUGCAGGCUGCUUUUCUACAAGGAGUCGAACUACGACGAGAUUUGUGGAUCUCCCAACCACGUGGGGGAGUCGAAGGCCUAGACCCUAGGCAAAUCGCCCGUGUCAACAAAGGCAUAUUCGGGCUUACUGAGUCGCCGAGGAUGUGGUACGACCGCCUGGCCGACGUGCUCACCACCGAGAUCUUCCAUUACAAGGAGGUCCAGUACCGACUGGUGCAGAGCCCUUUGGACCCGUGUGUUCUCCUGCUGAUGCGCGUCGAUGGCGACUUCGAGCCCGAGGCCCUCCUCACCAUCCACGUGGACGACAUCCUCAUCGGGGCCCCCACCGAGCUCAACCGGUUCCUGCAGGCCGAGAUCAGCCGCCUCUUCCCCGUAGAUGACUGGAUCGAGGGAGCUUUCGAGUACACCGGCUCCUUCAUCGAGGUUUCCGAUGAGGGGAUCUCUAUCAACCAGGCGGCCUUCGUCGACGGCAGGCUGUUCACCGUCGACAUCCCCAGAGGCCAAGACGGGAAGUCCCCGGCGGACGAGGAGCAGACUAUCGACAACAGGUCGUUGCUGGGGGCAUUGAGCUGGCUGAGCAGCCAGAGCCGGCCCGAUUUAGCCUGUGGGGUAGCCAUGUCACAGCAACUUCAGCGAGCACCGUCUACCGACGAUGUCCGCUUCGUGAACCGACUCACCGCCCAGGCCAAGGAGCACAAGGAGUUCGGCGUCUACUUGAGGAGGAUACCUAUCGACCGGGCCGUGUUCAUAGCCUACCACGACGCCGGAUGGGCAAACGCCGACCUCGAGGACGCAGAGGUCGAGUUCCAGCUCACGCCAGAGGAGAUCGAGGCCGGGAAGGUGCACGACUUCUACGACGAGGAGCGCCAGAGGAAGCCCAAGCGACUCGCUUCCAAGGUUGCCUCCCAGAUUGGCCACCUGAUCAUGCUCUUCCCCUACGAGGCACUCGAUGGGGAGCAUUCGGCGGGGAGCACCCUGGAGUGGAGGAGCCAGAGCUGCAAGCGUGUGUGCCGCUCAACGUUUGGAGCUGAGACUAUGGCUGCCGCAGAGGGCUUGGAGGGCGCUCAGUACAUGAGGGCGCUGUUCGGAACGCUUCUCACCGGACGGCUGAUGGGCCAUGCCGAAGCAAGACGGAG